AUGAGAACGUGGCGUCACCGGGGGUCUGAGCGAUCAUGUGAUACAGAUCAUAAACAGCAGUGUGCAGCUUUAUAUCCACAUAUAUCUCCUAUAUCAACAUAUAGACUCCAAAUAUACUCUAAUCAUUUAGAAGACAUCCCAGCUCACCCUGUCUGUCUGUCCCUCCAGGUCAUCGCGUUGGUCAUGGACGUAUUCACCGACGUGGACCUGCUCUGUGACCUCAUGGAGGCGUCCAACAAGCGCCGCGUCCCCGUCUACAUCCUGCUGGACGAGAAGAAGCUUGACUACUUCACGGACAUGUGCUCGGCGCUCGACAUCCAGAACUCGCACCUCAGCAACAUGCGUAUCCGCACUGUGUGCGGCGACACUUACUGCACCAAGAGCGGCAAGAAGUUCAGCGGUCAGGUGCUGGAGAAGUUUAUGAUCAUCGACUGUGAAGAGGUCAUCGCGGGGUCAUACAGUUUCACCUGGCUCUCCUCUCAGGUGCACAGCAACAUGGUGAUGCAUUUCUCAGGGCGAAUCACCGACAGCUUCGACCGGGAGUUCCGCUGCCUCUACGCAGACUCGCAGAUCAUCGACUGCUUCUACAACGCAGAGGAGGAGGGGAUGCCCUACUACCCGUCCUACCAGGCCAUGAUGACGCCAGGCAUGGGCCUGGAUUUACUCAGUGAAAGGAGGGAUAGGGUGUGUUCCGAAAACUCCAGCAGCCAAUCGAGUGACAGCGUCUCCAGUGUGAAGGCCGCGCCAGGGAUGAGCUCAAAUGUCGUCUACAAGGUCACCCAAGGUCACGACAGGAAGGAGCCCAACAGCGCCUCUCACCUGAGCCCCGAGAGGAGAGGUGGCGAACAGGCAGGAGGACACGCCCCCACACCAGUACCACGGCAUUCUGCUAACGGAGCAGCCAACCACAUCCAAGUUCCAGAGCGACCGUCGCCACCCACCUACGGUCAGCCAAUGGGCAUCGAGUGGAACAAACCCAGUGCGGCGGACGCCAUGAGGUCGAAUAUUGGUGGCACCACCUCCAAGUUUCAGGCGCUGGGUUUGUACGACCACAAACCGAGUAUGUUCCAUGGCAGCCCGAACCCCAACCUCAACCCCAGGACGCAGACGCCGUCCCCGGUCAACGACGGCAAACUCACCUCCAAACAGAGAACUCCCUCCAACCAGUUCCUCAACAAACUGUCAGACCUCUUCUUGCCGCCGUCCGGCAAAGACCGAGACAACUACAACUUCUGGAGGUCGCCCUCCCCUCAAGGCCCCUCGCCCUGGGGAGGACCCGACCUCUCUCAGACUGAGCCGGAGAGCCAGCAGAGCCCGCCUCCCCCACCCAGCCCCACAGCCGUGUGGAGCCGGCAGGACCAGAAGCGAAUGACGCUGGGCCACAGCAAACUGGACCUGGUGAACCAGUACAACAAGAUGAAAUCCAAGCAGGUUUACAGUCGGUUUGAGCUGAAGAGCACAAACUGACGGGAGAAGCUGAGCAGCUCACGCCGACCGCCUCACAUCACCUUCAAUCUUUUAUCGCGUGGAAAGUUUCGGUCAGUUAUUCCUGGAGGGAAAACGAGCCUCUUCUCUCUCACUGAGUUUUACUCACACCCGGAAAAACGCAGCAACACCACGAACCUUAAACAAAUACUGUAGAUAAUAAUCAGUCUAUGGAAAUCAUCACCUCUUCAUUCUCCAACGGCCUCGACCUGAGUCAUGUCCUCAAAUAUAAGUACAUGUUUACAGCGACUUGUAAGCUUUCACAUUUGUGCAGUUAUCCGAUUUUAUUGUGACAAUAAUUCUAUAAAUUUGCUUAAAAAUAUCUCAAAAACACACGGAAAUCACUUUAUUAUAAGUGUCACAAGGUCCUCGAAUGACUGGAAAGAUGCGGUGUGGCACAUCCACAUAAAUCAGCAGGACUGUAUGCUGGUGAUUUUCCUAUUUUUUUUAUUUAAUCCCGAUAAUAGAAAUUGUGAGUCGUGAAAAAGUGAUUCCCAUUUUCACGCCCAUCUCUACUUUAACUCAGCGUUGAGAUGAUCCCCGAUUUAAUAACUUAGGUUUCCUAACAGCGCGUAACUCAAUGUUCUGUCCUUUUUCUGUUGUUGUUUUUUUACUACUAAUUUAGGACUAGCAUUUAUAUCCACCUCGAGGGCGGGGCCUCUUCCACGGAACACGCCAUGUUUCUGCAUUAGUGAACCAAAAAAAACCAACCACCAGAGCGCCUUAAUUGUUUUUCCGUCACCUGAAGGCCUUGUACGUUCCUCUCGGUGCUUGGUGAGGGGAGCGGUAUUGUGCUGAUGUCUGCAAUACAUAACUUCACCACUGGAGGCCGCUCUGAACCACACACUGGACCUUUACUGUAAGUUUCUUACGCGACGUUUUUUAACUCCUCAUGCUGCACAUUUGUCUUUGCAGUAACUUUGUGUAUCUGUAUAGUUAUAAGUGUAGUUAACGCUAACUGUGUCAUUUGCGUAAAUAUUCGAGUUGUUUUUGGCGACGUCGUUUUCCACGAGAACAAAAGGAGAAUCUGACAUUUGCUGAGUAACGCUGGUUGAUGACGAUUCAUGUUUUUGAUACGCGGUAUGUUGUGUGUUUUUGUUUACGAAACUUUCCAUUUGGCAGUGUUGUCUUUUCUUUUUGUUUGUGUGUUUGUUUGUUUGUUUGUUUUGCGUUGACUAAUGUACAUUCUGUUGUAAAUAGUACCAUUAACUGGCAGGAUUUCGGGUUAUUGUUUUAUAACAAAGAAGAAGAAGAAAAAAAACACUCCCUUUAACUGGUUUGUUUAUGUCAUUUUAUUUUUACAGUGUAUGAUUAUUUUCUGGAGAAUGUGAAGCGUCUGUGAAGAUGCUGGUAUUACUUUGUAAGAAGAACAUUUAAGGAUUUAAUAAAAACUGUUGAAAGAGA